UGUCCUAAGUUCAGUUGACUUAAAACCCCUGCACCAUACAUUAUUAUACAGUUGUUUUGUGGAUGCUCGCUUGGAUAUUUUAUUGGCACUGACGGAAUUGAAUCCUGCACAUAAUGGGGACUUCAAAGUCUCUGUUAUUGACUUGGUGUCUGCUACUCUUGGCCAUGGUUCCCAGUACAGGUGCCCAAACCUCAGAUGCGACAACUACUGAAGCUACUACUACAAUAACUACUGAUGCUACUACGACUACUUCUACUGCAGCGCCAGUUACUACCACUGCAGCUCCGACUACCACUGAAAUACCAACUACUACUGCUGCUCCUACUACUGCAGUGUCAACCAGUACUGAACCCCCUACUACUACAACUCUGCCAACUACCACACUGGAAACUACUACUUUGGCACCAACAAGUACUGAACCUCCCACUACUACAAAUCUGCCAACUACCACACCAGAAACUACUACUUUGGCACCAACAAGUACUGAACCCCCUACUACUACAAUUCUGCUAACUACCACACUGGAAACUACUACUUUGGCACCAACAAGUACUGAACCCCCUACUACUACAAAUCUGCCAACUACCACACCGGAAACUACUACUUUGGCACCAACAAGUACUGAACCCCCCACUACUACAAUUCUGCCAACUACCACACCGGAAACUACUACUUUGGCACCAACAAGUACUGAACCCUCCACUACUACAAAUCUGCCAACUACCACACCGGAAACUACUACUUUGGCACCAACAAGUACUGAACCCCCUACUACUACAAGUCUGCCAACUACCACACCAGAAACUACUACUUUGGCACCAACAAGUACUGAACCCCCCACUACUACAAUUCUGCCAACUACCACACAGGAAACUACUACUUUGGCACCAACAAGUACUGAACCCCCCACUACUACAAUUCUGCCAAGUACAACACCGGAAACUACUACUUUGGCACCAACAAGUACUGAACACCCCACUACUACAUUUCUGCCAACUACCACACCGGAAACUACUACUUCGGCACCAACAAGUACUGAACCCCCCACUACUACAAUUCUGCCAACUACCACACCGGAAACUACUACUUUGGCACCAACUACUGAAUCCCCUACUACUACAAUUCUGCCAACUACCACACUGGAAACUACUACUUUGAGUACUGAACCCCCUACUACUACAAUUCUGCCAACUACCACACCGGAAACUACUACUUUGGCACCAACAAGUACUGAAUCCCCUACUACUACAAUUCUGCCAACUACCACACUGGAAACUACUACUUUGGCACCAACAAGUACUGAAACCCCUACUACUACAAUUCUGCCAACUACCACACCGGAAACUACUACUUUGGCACCAACAAGUACUGAACCCCCUACUACUACAAUUCUGCCAACUACCACACCGGAAACUACUACUUUGGCACCAACAAGUACUGAACCCCCUACUACUACAACUCUGCCAACUACCACACUGGAAACUACUACUUUGGCACCAACAAGUACUGAACCUCCCACUACUACAAAUCUGCCAACUACCACACCAGAAACUACUACUUUGGCACCAACAAGUACUGAACCCCCUACUACUACAAUUCUGCUAACUACCACACUGGAAACUACUACUUUGGCACCAACAAGUACUGAACCCCCUACUACUACAAAUCUGCCAACUACCACACCGGAAACUACUACUUUGGCACCAACAAGUACUGAACCCCCUACUACUACAAAUCUGCCAACUACCACACCGGAAACUACUACUUUGGCACCAACAAGUACUGAACCCCCUACUACUACAAGUCUGCCAACUACCACACCAGAAACUACUACUUUGGCACCAACAAGUACUGAACCCCCCACUACUACAAUUCUGCCAACUACCACACAGGAAACUACUACUUUGGCACCAACAAGUACUGAACCCCCCACUACUACAAUUCUGCCAAGUACAACACCGGAAACUACUACUUUGGCACCAACAAGUACUGAACCCCCCACUACUACAAUUCUGCCAACUACCACACCGGAAACUACUACUUCGGCACCAACAAGUACUGAACCCCCCACUACUACAAUUCUGCCAACUACCACACCGGAAACUACUACUUUGGCACCAACAAGUACUGAACCCCCUACUACUACAAUUCUGCCAACUACCACACCGGAAACUACUACUUUGGCACCAACAAGUACUGAAUCCCCUACUACUACAAUUCUGCCAACUACCACACUGGAAACUACUACUUUGGCACCAACAAGUACUGAACCCCCUACUACUACAAUUCUGCCAACUACCACACCGGAAACUACUACUUUGGCACCAACAAGUACUGAACCCCCCACUACUACAAUUCUGCCAACUACCACACCGGAAACUACUACUUUGGCACCAACAAGUACUGAACCCCCCACUACUACAAUUCUGCCAACUACCACACCGGAAACUACUACUUCGGCACCAACAAGUACUGAACCCCCCACUACUACAAUUCUGCCAACUACCACACCGGAAACUACUACUUUGUCACCAACUACUGAACCCCCUACUACUACAAUUCUGCCAACUACUACACCGGAAACUACUACUUUGGCACCAACAAGUACUACUGAACCCCCUACUACUACAAUGCUGCCAACUACCACACAGCAAACUACUACUUUGGCACCAACAAGUACUACUGAACCCUCUACUACUACAAUGCUGCCAACUACCACACAGCAAACUACUACUUUGGCACCAACAAGUACUACUGAACCCCCUACUACUACAAUGCUGUCAACUACAACACAGCAAACUACUACUUUGGCACCAACAAGUACUAUUGAACCCCCUACUACUACAAUGCUGCCAACUACCACACAGCAAACUACUACUUUGGCACCAAAUACUACUGAAUCCCCUACUACUACAAUGCUGCCAACUACCACACAGCAAACUACUACUUUGGCACCAACAAGUACUACUGAACCCCCUACUACUACAAUGCUGCCAACUACCACACAGCAAAUUACUACUUUAGCACCAACAAGUACUACUGAAUCCUCUACUACUACAAUGCUGCCAACUACCACACAGCAAACUACUACUUUGGCACCAACAAGUACUGAACCCCCCACUACUACAUUGCUGCCAACUACCACACAGCAAACUACAACUUUGGCACCAACAAGUACUACUGAACCCCCUACUACUACAAUGCUGCCAACUACCACACAGCAAACUACUACUUUGGCACCAAGUACUAAUGAAUCCCCUACUACUACAACGCUUCCAACUACCACACAGCAAACUACUACUUUGGCACCAACAAGUACUACUAAACCACCUACUACUACAAUGCUGCCAACUACCACACAGCAAACUACUACUUUGGCACCAAGUACUACUGAAUUCUCUACUACAACAAUGCUGCCAACUACCACACAGCAAACUACUACUUUGGCACCAACAAGUACUACUGAAUCCCCUACUACUACAAUGCUGCCAACUACCACACAGCAAACUACUACUUUGGCACCAACAAGUACUACUGAACCCCCUACUACUACAAUGCUGCCAACUACCACACAGCAAACUACUACUUUGGCACCAAGUACUACGGAAUCCUCUACUACUACAAUGCUGCCAACUACCACACAGCAAACUACUACUUUGGCACCAACAACAAACUACUACUUUGGCACCAACAAGUACUACUGA